GGGAGGGGCUUUUUGGCCCGGUUCAAAUGUUUCCACCCACUCGGGGAGGCGCACUCAGGUCACUUCGGGGGUACUGAAGCCACGUUUUUCUAGACUGCAAGAUGGAGGCGGAUACUGCAAGUGAAGGCCCGGUUUCCGGGGAGCUGGUGUCUGUGGCACAUGCGCUUUCUCUUCCAGCCGAACAUUAUGGCAACGAUCCUGAUAUUGAGAUGGCAUGGGCCAUGAGAGCAAUGCAACAUGCUGAAGUCUACUACAAGCUGAUUUCAUCAGUUGACCCACAGUUCCUGAAACUCACUAGAGUGGAUGACCAAAUCUACUCUGAGUUCCGGAAACAUUUUGAGAAACUCAGAGUAGAUGUAUUGGACCCAGAAGAGCUCAAAUCUGAAUCCGCGAAAGAGAAGUGGAGGCCAUUCUGCUUGAAGUUUGAUGGGAUUAUAGAAGACUUCAACUAUGGCACUUUGCUGCGACUAGAUUGUUCUCAGGGCUACACUGAGGAAAAUACCAUCUUUGCCCCCAGAAUACAAUUUUUUGCCAUUGAAAUUGCUAGGAACCGGGAAGGCCAUAACAAAGCAGUUUAUAGCAGCAUGCAGGACAAAGAAGGAGAGAAAAGAGCUGACAAAGGAGGCCUGAAAGAAAGCAAGACUGAAGAGAGCAAAGAAGGAGAAAACGGGAGAGCUGACAAAGAAAAAGAGUGAAGAGCUGAUGAAGAAACUCACAAAGGUGAUAUAAUCGCUAUGUAAGAUAGAUAGGCAUGGAACAACACUGUGGAAGCCUUGGCUCAACUGAGCCUACAAGCCCCGCAGUACCAUUUGCACAGAUUCUUUUGGUUAAAUGUAUGUUCUUGUGCAAUUGGAGAACAUACUGAAGGACAUUUUUCUAGGCGGAGAAUCAGAAGUGACUCUUGUAUACACUGUCUUGUAUUUCUAGUAGUAUGACUUUACUAGUGGAAGUCUCUCUGUUAGUGUUACCUCAGUUGAUUGUUAGCUCUUACAACUGGUCAAGUAAAACACUUUGUAAAUACAUUUUCUUUAUUUCUUAAAAUUGUCUGUACCUGUGUUUGACUUGGAAAAAUUAAGAUUAUUUGAUGCUUCAGGUUUUUUGGGGGUUUUUUUAGGUAUGUGUUGGCUUCAGCCAUGUCUUAUAUAAAAUACCAUGCCUGUUUUAAAGUUCUUUUCACUGUUUGCUAUGGUGAAAGAUCCCUCGUAAUUAUACAUGGCAUAGGGAUUGUAAGUCCUUACUUAGAAGCUCCAGCCCUUUGGCUGACUACUGCUUUUUCUUCCUUGGGUAUAGCUGGUAUGAGAUUUGAGAAACAUUCUAUGGAAGAACAGCAGCAUCGUAAACCCAGCAGACUAGUGAUUACAAUCCAGCUUACAUUAAGAGAAGCAAGAGAGAACUUUUCAAUACCUGUAUCUUUGUAUGUAUCCAGGUUAAACGAUCAUAAAUAUAAAGCUUGGUCAAGUGACUUCACUUUUAUGUGCUAUGGACAAGAGUGUACAUUUGUAUAUUAAAUACAAAAUGAACAUUUUAGAAAAUACUGUAUUUUUGGUGAAAUUAAACACAGCAAACCCUGUUCUCA